CUGCCCGGAGCAGCCAUGGCGACAGGGGCUCCUCGCGGCUCCGUUGCCCACACUCAAGAUGGCGGCCCGCGGCCUCGCCCGACGGCGGCGCCCCAGCGCCAUGGCAACGGCUUCCCUCCCGCUGAUUGGAUGCGCGAGGCGAGGACGGCGGCGGGUUCGCCACGCGGAUUGGCUGCCAGUGCUCAAGAUGGCGGCGCGGGAGCUUCCUGCCCCGGCGGACUGCUCCGCGCGCGGCCAAAAUGGCGGGGGCCGCCUUCGCCGCCCGCAGCUAAGAUGGCGGCGUACGAGAAGCGGCGGGCGGCCGCCGCCCCGGCCCCGGCGGUGGGCAGCGGCCCGGCGGAGCCGCUCGGUGCGGCGGCGGGCGGCGGGCCGGGGAGCGAGGCGGAGUUCCUGCUGCGGAGCGGCGUCACCGCCAUGGUGCGGGAGGCGCUGCUGAAGGUGCUGGAGGCGCGGCCCGAGGAGCCGGUCUCCUUCCUGGCCGACUACUUCGAGCGGCUGGUGCUGGGCGGCCCCGGGGCGGCCGAGACGGCCGCGGAGCUCCCGGCGCCGCCGCAGCGCCUGGCCCGGGCGCUGUGGUACGUGCGCCUGGCCCACCACUCCCACAGGACGGCGUUCAACAACAACAUCAGCACGGCCUACGAGGUGCUGGGCGCCAGCGGGCGGCGGCGGCGGCCGGGCGUGGACGGGCGGCUGUACAGCGAGCUGCUGCGGCGCAUCUGCCAGCUGGGGGCCGCGCCGCAGGAGGUGUCGGGCGCGCUGCUGCGCAGGGUGCAGUGCCGGGACCACGAGGCCGUCCCCUUCGACGUCUUCCGCUACGGCGUCCUCACCUGCUCCGUGCUGCUGGAGUUCGUGGCCAAGGCGCACGCCCUGUACGACGUGCUGGACGGCGGCACGGGCGCGGCGGACAAGAGGGUCUGCCAGGCCGUCCUGCGCACGCUGGAGGAGGCGCUGGGAGGCGGCGACUGCUCGGUGCCCGUGCGGUACCUGGAGGCGGGCUCCAAGCUGGGGCCGGACUGCUUGGCCCUGGCCAUGGACCGGGCGCUGCAGGAGAGGAAGCUGAGCGCCUCCAUGAGCAGGGAGGAGUUCCUGAAGAAAGCCACGGCCUUAUUUGUUGCAAAAGUGAAGCCUGUUGACUAACGUCCAGGUGGGAACAACACUCGCUGCUUCCAGUUGUAAUUCCCCAAGUGCUUUGGGCAGAGCAGUUUGUGUUACGGAGGCUUCAGUCCCUGGAACCGAGCUGGGCAACGAGGCAUGAGUGGGCUUGGCGGGCACUGCCUGGUGAGCCCUGGGUCUGCUUGAAGGGAGGCUGCUCAUUUCCAUGCUCCUUUCCUUGUUCUGAGCACUCCAAGUGCCCACUCACCUCUGGCACUUGAUGUUUCCAUGUCUAUCCUAGCUGUAGCUCCUCUGUUUCCUGCUGGCAUCAGAAAGUCAUUUUUAGGCAUUAACUGGGAACUUGUGAGGAGGCCUGUAAGCUGUAGGCCAGUGUUAGCAAUUAAAAAGGAGCCAGAAUGAACUCAGAAUGAACUGCAUGUGGGGCUGCAUCUCCAGAUAUGCCGCAGUUCCAAGCUAGGCCUGGCGAUGUUGUGUUGUGCAGCUUCAGCAGGGAGCUUUGUCUCUGCGUUUGGGUUUGUUUGACCCCUGCCUGUAAAGCGCAGGAUGAUGCUUCACGGACUGUGGAGAGGAUUCGCAGGUAAAUACUGGGUUGAUAAAGACGUGAGAUAAAGAUUGUGUGUUAAGAAAAA